AGUUUAGUUUAGUUUAGCUGCCCCUCAACUCAUUUUUGCCCCCGUUGGAUCGUCUGGUCUGCAACCCCCGGCCCGGCCCUCACCCGUCUUAUUUUGGUUUUCCCCCAAUUCCUAGUUUCAAUUAGAGCUACUGCUGCCGCUGCUGCUGCUGCUGGGCUGGGGAUCCGCUGCUGCAACGAUACCAAAGUCGAGAAUAAUUCAAGAUUACUGCACUACUGCUUUCAUACAGGAAUAGAAUUCUCUCUCUCUCUCUCUCUGAUUGGACUGACUGAUAUUAUUAUUGCUUUUAUUAGAACAGGCAAAAUAAUAAGAAUCCGGGGAGGGAGAGUGAUUGUUGAUUAUUAGCAGUAGGAAGUUAGGGAGGGAGAGGAUAAUUAGCAGCAAUGAAGUCAUCGUUGGGGAAGCAGCUCAAAAGAUUUACACUGCAAAAGACCCACCAUGCCAAGGAUAACAAGGAUCACCAAUCCCUGGCGCAUUCCGAUGCGCUCGCCCAGGCUUCUCAGGAUAUGAAAGACAUGAGGGAUUGCUGUGAUAGUUUUCUUUCUGCAGCUGCUGCAACCACAAAUAGUGCUUAUGAAUUUUCAGAGUCUUUGCUGGAAAUGGGUAACUGUCUACUGGAGAGGACUGCAUUCAACAGUGACGGAGAAUGUGGCAGAGCAUUGUCAAUACUGGGAAAAGUACAGCUGGAACUCCAGAAACUUGUUGAUGGCUAUCGUUCUCACGUAAUCCUGACUAUCACGAACCCAUCAGAGUCUCUUCUUUCUGAGCUGCGGAAAGUGGAGGAGAUGAAACAGCAGUGUGAUGAAAAAAGGAGCAUAUAUGAACACAUGGUGGCACGACAUAGUGAAAAAGGAAAGUCUAAAGGUGGAAAAGGAGAAAGUUUUACGUCAGAGCAAGUACAAGCAGCUCGUGAAGAUUAUGAUGAAGUGGCAAGGCUAUGUGUUUUUCGUGUAGAAUCCUUGAAGCAAGGUCAGUGCCGCAGUCUUUUAACGCAAGCUGCUCGUCACCAUGCAGCACAGUUGAUUUUUUUCCGUAGAGGACUUAAAUCUCUUGCCGCAGUUGAGCCCUACAUGAGAAAUGUUGCUCAAAAGCAACACAUUGAUUACCAACUGAGUGAGUUAGAGGAUGCAGAAUAUCGGGAGGAUGGAGUUAACAGUGAUGAUACUAAUUGUGAUGGAGAAUUGAGUUUUGACAACUUAGAGUUUAAGCAAGAACAGGAAAAUCCUAGCACAUCAAGGAACUCAAUGGAGGUGGAAGUAGUCCAGGCAGAUGCUCCAAUUGCACAGGUUUCAGAAUUUGAUGAUCUAGAGAUCAAUUUUCGGAGAAAGAAAGGGGAGCAGGGUUUUAGCAGGAAGCCUCGAAUAAGCAGUUUUUCCGCUCCAAUAUAUGCUGGGAAGUUUGAUCCAUCUGAAAAGUUUAAAGAAAUGCAGACACCAGUCCAGAAAUUUCAUGCAUAUGCGCUACCAACUCCUUCAGAUGCAAGGAGUUUAAAUUCAAGGACAAGCAGUUACGCUGUCCAUUCAAGUACUGCUAGUGUUAGUGGAAGCGCCAACAAUGUGUGGCAUUCAUCACCACUUGAUGCUGAGAAGCACAGGAAAUUAAUGGUAGAUAACUUGGCAAUGCGCACAGCCUCCAAAACACAGGCUGCCAUAAAAGAGAGUGACCAAAAUAGUCCCUCCAUUCCACUCCCGUCCCCUUUAGCAGAAGGAGCUUCACUCCCACAAUCUGAUACAAACUAUGAUGCCAAAAAAAUUGAACGACAGGCUCUCUCUGGUCCAUUGCUGAGUAAGCCAUCAUCUAGCAAACCUUUGUUAUCUAGCAGUGGGCCCAUUGGCCCUAGUGAACUGCCACAAGCAGUAUCUGGACUGGUUUCUAGAGUUUCAACCUCCCAGCCGCCUUCAGCUAUAAAUGUGCCUCAGAGUGUUUCACCUCCUCUUGUGUCUUCACCUAAAAUAAGUGAGCUUCACGAGCUGCCUCGUCCUCCUGGUUCUUUAGCCAGCAAACCAGCAAGUUCUUCUGGUGUUAUUGGGCACUCUGCCCCUCUAAUUAACAGAAAUCGGGAAGUCUCGCCGACAAAUCGGAGUUUUGUGCUGGCAUCUAAUGCAGGAUCUCCACUUCCCCCUCCUCCUCUGACUGUUCCUCGAAGUUUCUCCAUACCAUCAAGCGAUCAUAGAGUAGCUGUAUUUCAUGUUUCCAAGUUGAUGGAAUCCCCUGAGAUGAAAGAAAAGGCUGGAGUGCCUUCUCCUCCAUUAACACCACUUUCCUUAUCUAAUGUGAAGUCAACGGGUGUUGUAUCUGAACUAGCCUCCAAUCCAGGCAGAUAAGAGGAAUCAGCUGAUGCCCGACGUCCACUUUGGAUUUCAUUGGGCGGACUCUGCAUCUUACUUGCUGCGCCUGGCCGAGGGGGUGUAAAUAUGCAGAUUGACUACUGUAGUUUAUAUCUGAUUUUUCUCCAAUUCUUUCAAAGUCUAAACUAGAGAACUCGUCUAUCGAAAUUUUGACUUGUAGUGUUGUAUCAUAUGUUCUAGUCGAA